AAAUGGAAAGAUGAAGAGCUUGAUUCAAUCUCAAUAGAAGAAACUCCAAAAUAUAUAGACACAAUAUUUGAUGAACAACAACAAGAAAUUUUAAAGAAAAGAAAUAAAUCUCAACUGAAUCCUCAGCAUCAUAAUAUUCUAUUUAAUAGACGACUUUAUAAUCAAAGUAUAGAAGACUUUCAUGAUACUAUAAAAUACAAAAGAAAAUUGCUAAGUAGAUAUGGUAUAAAAUCAUUGGAUAUACCGGCUGGAGCACUCUGGCUUACGGAAGAAGGUAUCGAAGAUAAAAUGGAAUACGAAAGAGCUUACAAUCCACAUACCCUCCAAGAAGGUUGGAAAAUUUUAGAAGAAAAAAGACAAAAUGAAGAAGAAACUAUUCGACUAAGGGAUAAAGAAAUAGGAGAAAAUCUCAAGAAACGUUUCGUCUGGGAGAAAGAGUUGCAAGAUAAAAUAGCCAAGAAAGCAGAAGCAUUACGUGUUGCUCGAGAAAAGAAAUCUCGAUUAAUUGAUGAAGUUUGUCGAAAGUUAGGUUUUGCGGUGAAUCCGCGAGACCCUAAGUUCCAAGAAGCCCUUGAAAAAAUUAACAUUGAUUUAAGAAUCAUUAUGAUAAUGUAGAUGAUAA